AAGAAGAGACAAUGGCAGGGGUCUGGAGGGCACUAGUGCUGGUGGUAGUCUUGACCGUCGUGGUCUGUGUGGCCCACCGACUGAACUAUGAGGAGAUUAUCAGUCAGGCCGUGCACUUCUUCAAUCAGGGACAAAGAGGAGGGCCCCUCUUCCGCCUGCUAGAAGCCACCCCGCCGCCCAGAUUGAACUCCAUCUCAACGAUCCCUCUCGACUUCAGGAUUAAAGAGACUGUGUGCCUUUCAAAUGAGCGGAGACCGCUUGAAGAAUGUGCUUUCAGGGAGGGCGGCGAGGAGCGAAACUGCACUGGCAACUUCUUCAAGAGGAGGUAUCGCCACAUCCUGACGAUCGACUGCACCAGGGACCGCAGGCGCGCGCAAGAGGUCCUCAGGGAGAAGCGCUCUGCCGAGUCCUCUGAGGGGACCCCUCCGAAGGCUGAGAGCUCCAAGCUGCCCCCCGUGAUCAGGGACAUGUAUGAGAAAGCCAAGUACGACAUCAUCUCCAACAUCCUGAGGAAUUUCUAG